CUGGUUGUUUUCAGCCCGCAGGAGAAGCGCUGAUCGGCCGCUGCUGGGCCCAUUUUAAAGACGGUUGUUACAUUUCCUUUUUAUCCGGUUGGUUUUCAGACAGCACCUCUCUUGCCUCGCCAUGGCUCUGUGUGGGGGUGUCGGAGCCAUGGCUUUGCCCAGCGAGCUUAUCGUCCAUAUAUUCUCCUUUCUGUCCGACCGAGACAAGCUCCGGGCCUCGGCCGUGUGUUCGCGGUGGAGGGAGUGUCUCUUCUACCCGGCGCUGUGGACCGAGCUCAAGCUGCGGAUAGGCGGCGGGCGUCUCGGCGGCGGCGGCUCCGAGGAGACCCCGAGGCUGGAGUUCCUCAUGCGGAAGUUCGGUUCUUUCGUGCGGGAGCUGCAGCUGGAACUCGCGCCAGUAGAAGGCUACCUCAGCCCCCUGAGCAACGACCCGUCGUCCGCCAGGAUGGACCAGCCGCCCGGUCCGGACGGCGACCCGCAACUCUCCGAGCGAUGGAGGGACGCCAUGGCCACCUACUUGGACCAGGUGCUGUGUGUGGUCACCAGCAUCCGCAACAACAGAAACCUGAAAAAGCUGAGUCUGUAUGGAGACACCUGUAUUCUUCAGCAGGAGGGACUAUUAGACAGCUCAAACCUGCACCAAAUCCACCAGGGGGACAAAAAGAUCAAUGAGAUCCAGCAGUUGUUCAUGGAGUUGCUGUCCAACAGCCGGCAGCUGAGAUGGUUGUCCUGCAGCUUCAUGCUGGGUCUGGUGACUCCCUGCUCCUUAGCCUGCCUCUCUAAUCCUUCAGCUGAGACCCUGCGGCACCUCAGUUUACUGGACCACCAGCUAGGCCCACUCAUCUCACCAUCAGAGUUAGAUCGACUCUCUAAUCUUAAUUCUUUGGCUCUGGAUUUCUCUGACUUGACAUCUGAGCUUUGUGGUCUGCUGGCAUCGCCACGCCGAACUCCACUCCAUCGCCUCUCCCUGCUGCUCAAUGGCGCCGCCCUGGAGUUCAAAUCGUUAGAAGGGACCGCUACAGAGGACGAUUGGAAGGCACUGGUUCGUGUGAGUGCCAACCUGCGAGUCUAUAUCAUGGCCCUAGAGGUCGACAGCUCGGAGCUCCUCAGGGUCCUAAAACCAAGCCUUCCUCUGGUGCGCCUCCACCUCGACAGUUACAGCACACUGGUGACUGAUGCCACAUUGGAGCUCAUCUCUCAGCAGUACAACAAAACGCUGACUCACUUCCUGCUCCUGAGGGAUGACCCCGACUUCCCUGACCUCAGUGUCAAUCGCAACGAAGACCCACUGGUCCUUUUAGCAUGGAGAUGUACUCAGCUGGCUGUACUGGUGAUACAUGGUUACACUGUCUGGUCCCAUAACUUGGUGGCCAUCUCUCGGCUACGAGGUUCCAGUCUUCGCACCCUGACCGUCUCUGAGGAGAGCAUCGACUUUGACCCGGACCAGUCGGUGUGCAUGGAAGGCGACCCGGUCCACAACCUGGUCAAGGAGGUCUCGCUGGGCCUCGGCCGCGUCUGGCACCCUUGCCUGGAUUCUAGCCUGGUUUUGUCCGAACCCACCCAGCAAUUCUACCGUGAGCUGCAGGCCUUCAGCAUGGGCAUGUAGGCAAGGGAGGCAACUCCAGCACAUUUUAGCCUAAUCUGUUGUCAAGACCAGACCAGACCCAUCAGGUCCAGCUCAGCUGAGACCUCUGAACCAAGCAAAAAGCAGACCCAAGUGAGAAAACUAAGCCCAAUCUAUAAAGUUUAUUCUUGUGAAUUGAUGUGAGCUGAUAGUGUUUAUUUUAAUUUUUUGAGUUUAAUUCACAGGGGUUUUAGGACACAAACAUUUAUUACCAUUUCCAGCAGAUUCCAUAGUCAUCCACUGACAGCAUUUACUGAAUAAACUAUCCAAUUAAGAAUGUCCAAAACAACUGGAUAAUAUAAUUGGCAUUUAAUCCUGUAACCACUGGCCAGACUUGAGUAGUGACAAUUUUUAAUGUGUCUAAAAAGGCUCAUCCUGCUGCUUCACAUGCGCUUAUGUCUGGCACGGCCCAGGCUGGUCUGGUCUUGUCCACAAGUAGUCAAAGCUCUCUCCUUCACCUUGAUAACCUGCAGAGCCUCUGUAUGAUGUAACUUUAAUUAUUUUCAGGGUUUUUUUUCUUGCCUUUUUUUUCUUUUUCAUUUAACUGUUUUUCAUCUCCCUGUGCUGUGUAUAAUCUUGUUUUCACCUCUGUGGUGGUUCCCUUGCCUGUAUAGGCUUUGUAUGUAUUUCAAUCCAGACAUAAUUAUCCUGCUCACAGAUAGAACGAGUGAUGGAGGGAGGUGAUUUGAGGAGGCAGUG